GGCACAUGGCGCACGCCGGUGGUUUACACAUAUAUUUCAAUCGAGGUUGAAAGUUAAUUUCAUUUUGGGAUAUUAUUAUAUAAUCAUUAUGGGGAACGUAUAUGCAUCCGGCAAUCCUUCUAAUCCCCCAAAUCCCUCUCCUUCACCGCCAGUUUCAGCAAUAGGUGCGAUGCCAACGACGGUCACAUCGGCCAUGGCAACACGACCAAAAGAUGAAGGUCUUCCUAACCCUGGCACUUUUGAAGAUCUACAUAAGAAGGUUAAAGAACUGAUGCCAAUGCCAUUUGAAGGUUGUAAAUUGAUGGUCAAUAAAGGUCUCUCCAAUCACUUUCAAGUUGGACAUCAACUCAGUUUGAGUGCAGAUAAAGAAAAAUCAUCUUAUCAUUUUAGUGCCACUUAUGUUGGAACAAAACAAAUUAGCCCUUCUGAGUCUUAUCCAGUCAUUCUUGGUGAUAUAGACAAUAGUGGUAAUUUACAAGCACAGUUCAUACAUCAAUUAACAGAAAGGAUAAGAACCAAAGCACUUGUGCAGACACAACAAACUGCAUUUUCAGUUGUACAGAUGGAUUGUGAAUACAAAGGUCCUAGCUAUACCGCUACGGUGACAACUGCCAAUCCCGAUUUGAUUAAUGAAUCUGGUAUAAUAGUUGCACAAUAUCUACAAAGUAUAACAAAUAGUCUGUCUAUGGGAUCACAAAUACUAUAUCAGUAUGGACAAGGACAGGAAAUGGCCGAGGUCUCAUUGACAGCCAGAUAUACAGGGUCUAGUUGGGUGUUUACAGGAGCAUUGUCCCCGGCAACAUGUCAUCUAUCUUAUUAUCAUAAAGGACAGAAUAAUGUACAAGUUGGCGUUGAGUUUGAAAGUCGUAUGGGUGAAACCGUUACAACAUUAGGUUAUCAAAUGGAUGUACCGCAAGCUAAUCUACAAUUUAAAGGUUCACUGGAUACAAAUUGGAGGGUUGCCGCGGUGAUGGAGAAGAAACUGACACCAAUGCCUUUCACAUUCUCGCUUAGUGCUAUACUGGACCACACAAAACAUAGAUUUCUAUCAGGGUUUGGUUUGAUGAUUGGUUAGCAUCUUAUUUUCAUUAGAUUAUGUACAAUUUUGACUUGUAAGUUAAUUUAAAAGUUACUAUGAUAUGA